UAGGUCUCAGUCUUCACAACCUCUCAACAAGUUCUGUCGGACCAACGAGUGUCCUGCAGUCUGCUAAUAACAGGCUAUGUCUCAUACGUCUGAACCAGUGGAUCUUCUCGACCCAGAAUUCGACGAACUGAAUGUUCUCGAUAGCUCCAGGUCCAGUACAACUCUAAUUGGUGACGGGACUCCUCCAGUCGAAGAGGGGAAGAAACUUACCAUCAAGUUACGUGCACGGAAUACUUUACACAGCGGAGAUAAUGUUCAGACGACGGGAAAGCGCGUCAGAACUAUUUCACUGUCUGCCAAAGACAGCGGCCUGAAUUCUCAGAAAAAGCAGAAGAUGGAAGAUAAAAAAGCGAAUACCAUAGUCAUAAAUGCAAGAAGGGUGCAACUCGAAUCUGCCCGUAGACGCUGGAUGUACCGCCAUCGCGAACUGUUUCAACCACUAUUGCCCUCGACAUCAUUCUUCGACACCCUGUGCAAGGAAAUGAAGGAAAUGGGAGGAAACACGAAUUAUGUCCCACUCCGCGUCCUCACGACCCAGCCUUCGUUGAUAGAGGGCGGUGAAAUGAAGGACUAUCAACUUCAAGGACUUGCAUUCCUUAUCUAUAUGUAUAAGAAUGGGAUGAACUGCAUAUUGGGUGAUGAAAUGGGUCUCGGAAAAACACUACAGACACUAUCCCUCUUUGCACAUAUCCAAGAGAACGAGACGGGCAGUCAUGAUCCCCAUCUCAUCAUCUGCCCUCUUUCUGUUUUGUCUUCCUGGCAAAACGAAGCUGCCCGUUGGGUACCCUCGUUGCGGGUGUUUCGUUUCCACGGUAGUCAGUCAGAGAGAGAUCGGCUGAAGAACAGCGUCCGGAACGAUGACAUCAAGUUUGAUUUAUGCAUCACAACUUAUGAGGCGUAUGUUUGCGAGGACUCUUGGUUCAAGAGUCGACGGUGGUUUUAUUGUGUUCUCGACGAGGGGCACAGGAUUAAGAAUUCAGAUACCAACCUCUUCAGCAAAGUCCGUGGCAUAGGUUCCCUUUACCGACUCAUCCUUACUGGCACGCCUGUGCAAAACAAUCUAGUCGAGCUAUGGGGUCUCUUGAGCUGGCUAUACCCAACCAUAUUCACCGCUCCUUCACAGCGGUUGUUCCACGAAUCCUUCGACCUCUCUCGUGGUUCCUAUUCGAUACCCUUCCUAAAGGCGGCACAAGAGCUUUUGACUAUCAUUAUGAUGCGUCGCACGAAGGCGAGCGUCGAUAUAGCAGUGCCGCCACGCGAGGAGCUUACCUUAUUCAUACCCAUGACGGAAGCACAGAGGUUCUGGACUUACAGAUUAUUAACACGGAUGGAUACAAUGGAACUCAAAGAGAUAUUUACAGAGGAGGAUGGCCCGAUGAAUGAGGGUCGCAGGGAAGUCUUUUCGCACAUCGCCUCAGCAAUUAACCGGAAUGUUUCUGGAGAAACAAAUGGCAGAUGGCGGAAGCUCAUGAAUUUGCUGAUGCAGCUGCGUAAAGUCUGUGACCAUCCUUAUUUGCUGAAAGACGCGUCUCCUUCGCCGUAUAUUGUUGGCGAACACAUUGUUGCCUCUUCCUCGAAACUCAUCGUCAUCGACAAGCUUCUUGCUGAUAUCCUGCCGAAAGGAGAGCGUAUUUUGAUCUUUUCACAAUGGACAAGCAUGCUUGAUCUCCUGGAGGAUUACAUGGAGCUACGGUCAAUACCAUACGCUCGGCUCGAUGGCGGCACAACCCGCCCUCGACGGAAUCUUGAUAUCAAGCUGUUUCAACAAGAAAAGUCUCCAUAUCAGGUCUUCCUUGUUUCAACCAAAGCUGGUGGACUCGGUAUAAACCUUACAAAAGCAUCGACCGUCGUUAUGUGCGACUGUGAUUGGAAUCCUCAGAAUGAUUUACAAGCGAUUGCUCGGGCGCACCGCAUUGGCCAGACGAAAACCGUCAAAGUAUACCGCCUUGUUUGUCGUGGCAGCGUCGAAGACCAGAUGCUUGACCGUAUACGUCGCAAGAUGUUCCUGUCGCUGAAAGUCAUGUCUUCCUCGUCGUCGUCUUCUCCCAAUGAGGAUAAUACCCAACUGAAGACUACAGAGCUCCUAGACAUUUUGCGCAAGGGGAGCAGCGCGUUAUCUCGAUCAGAUUUAGGCAUGGACUUGGGGACGUUCCUCGAUGCGCCCAUCCAAGAGAUUUUAGACGACUCACGAGAGCGAGAAGGGGCUCGGGAUGCCAAGCUGAAGAAAGAGCUAGUGUCUUCGCAUGACGCUGCUCAAGAGAUCGAUGAGAAAACGCUGCAUGACGCAGAGGAAGAGGAGCAAAGGCUUCUUAGCGGCGUUGCUCAAGUUCAGAGCAGGCUCUUCGAGGGCAAGCUCGUCAAACGCAAUCAAAACAACAGCCAGAUCGCGCAGGAGUGGCAGGAACUGCAGAAACGAGCGCACAUAGACAGGACCGUUGUGGUGGAUGGUAUCACAGUUAUCGCCGAUCAUAUGGGCCAGAGCGCGCCAGAGGAAAUAAAUCCGGCCUCGAAAAAGAAGGCGAAAGCAACGCGCGAAACAGAAGAUUGGUGCAUUUAUUGUCGAGAUGGUGGCGACGUCGUCCUCUGCAACUCGUGUCCCCGAGUAUUUCAUCCUAAGUGUCACGGUCUCACCGCAGCGCAACUCCGCAAGCUACCUUUGGUCCGAUGUCCCCAACACAAGUGCUCAGUUUGCGAUCGCUCCACUGGUGAUUCAGGAGGAAUGUUAUUCAGGUGCCAAACAUGCUCACAAGCGUUCUGCGAAGACUGCAUGCCUGAGGGGGAGAUCGAUGCUGUCGGGGAUGUGCUACCUGAGUUUUUAUUGUUGGGCUACGGUGCUAAGACUUCAGCAUACUACAUAAGAUGCCAUGAGUGUCAUGAACAUUGGAAGCAGGAGCCACAGGCCUGGAAAGCCUGGGAAGAAGAAAUGGCGGAAACACAGGCGAAACUGGAAUCCUUGCAGACUACGUAGAGUUUUGGGAGUGUGAGUUUACGUGCCUUGAUCGAUUUAGCCUGCAGCAUACGCGUUCUAGCAACCACUGUAAUACUUAAGCAUCAUACAGUGGAGCAAGACACAGCUGAGCACUAUAUCUUGGCGG